GCUGAGAAUUGUCUCUAAGGGUUGUGUAGGGCUGGUGGUUCUCUGCGGCCAGAGGAGGAGGAGGAGGAGGAGUUGGUUGAGGAGCGAGCCAAGGAGGCUGGGUGGCUGUUGGGAAAACUGCAUAGCCCACCAACAUCUGAUGAAACUAGUGAACAAGCAAAUCAACCAUGUCAUACACUCCAGGAAUUGGUGGUGACCCUGCCCAGUUGGCCCAGCGGAUUUCUUCCAACAUCCAAAAGAUCACACAGUGUUCUGUAGAGAUACAGAGAACUUUAAAUCAACUUGGAACGCCCCAAGAUUCUCCUGAAUUAAGGCAACAGUUGCAACAGAAGCAGCAGUACACUAACCAACUUGCAAAAGAGACAGAUAAGGACAUUAAAGAGUUUGGAUCUCUGCCCGCCGCCCCCAGUGAACAGCGUCAAAGGAAAAUACAGAAGGAUCGCUUAGUGGCUGAAUUCACAACAUCACUGACCAACUUUCAGAAAGUCCAGAGGCAAGCUGCUGAGAAAGAGAAAGAUUUUGUUGCUCGAGUCAGAGCAAGUUCCAGAGUAUCUGGUGGUUUUCCUGAGGAUAGCUCAAAAGAGAGGAAUCUUGUAUACUGGGAAAGCCAAACUCAACCACAGGUGCAGGUGCAAGAUGAAGAAAUUACAGAGGAUGACCUCCGUCUUAUUCAUGAAAGGGAGUCUUCUAUUAGGCAACUUGAAGCUGAUAUUAUGGAUAUUAAUGAAAUAUUUAAAGAUUUGGGGAUGAUGAUUCAUGAACAAGGAGAUGUGAUAGACAGUAUAGAAGCCAAUGUUGAAAAUGCAGAGGUGCACGUUCAACAAGCAAACCAGCAGCUAUCAAGGGCAGCAGACUAUCAGCGCAAAUCCAGAAAAACCCUGUGCAUCAUCAUUUCUAUCCUUGUCAUCGGAGUUGUAAUUGUCAGUCUCAUCAUAUGGGGCUCAUUGAAAAGCUAAAAUUAUGAAGAAGCAUAUUGUUGCACAACACUGUCUAAAUUAUGUAGGACGAUUCCUGUAAUCACUUUUAAUUAUUAUCUUAAAAUUACUACAUAAAGAAUGACUCCCUUUGUUAUUUUUAUGGGGGGGGGCUCAUUUGGAUUAAACUGGAUAUUUUUGAAUACUGCAAGUUUUCCAGAAUGUCACUGCUGACGUAGUUUCCCUGCUUUAUGAUCUAAUAACUGUUUAGAUUAUGCCCACACUGCAUACACCUUUUCAUUCAUAUUUAUUUUUUCUGUUGACUUCAUUUUUAGAAUUAAUCAACUUAAAAAUAAUGUGCAUUCUGUGUGCAGCAGUGUUUCUUUCAUAGUCUAACAUGCGCAUAGCUGGAUUUUUGUUACUUCAGUUAGGCAUCUCAAAUUUUAUCUUGAGUGAACUGAGGAAGACUACUCAGUAACUUAAAAGAAAAUUAAUAUAUCUGUUCUGUUUGCAUACUUGUAUGUUUUCUAUUUCAUAGUGGUAACCUGCUUAGCCUUUGUUGUUGGUUUUCUCUUAUGACUCUUGUCUAAUCUGAAUGGAAUCACUGAAUAACUUUCUAGUAUAUCACAUAUUCCUGUUGUAUAUAUUAUGCAUUUACUGUUGAUUGCCCUGUAAAAAUACUAAGGAUUGUUUUUACAUAGGUUCUGUUUAGUUGGAAAUGUAUAGUCCCCAUAAAUGUUUAAUGUCAUUUGAAGAAAGAGUAUGAUAGAUCAAUCCUGUUGUUGCACAAUUAUUAUGAUGGGAAAUCAGUUGCCUUCCUUUAUGUGCUAUAGAAUAAUGGUUAUAUGUGUAUUCUUGGAUCAAAAUUACUUUGGGAAGUAACUUUCCCACAAUUGCUAUUUUUGAACACUUAACACUUAAAAUGUAGUGUUUACCUUGCAUAUGUUUUAUACCAUCAUUCAUUAGAAAAAGAAUUGGAUGUUUGCCAAUUCACUGACUUGCCUUUUUAAAAUUAAUGUCUAAUGUAUUAACCUGAAUCUGUAAAAAGGGUUACUUCAGUUUAUAGUUUGUAUUUUAUAAUGUUCUUAUAUAGCCAUUUGAUAGUGAAGGCAAUGUUUUACUUGACAAACAAUGAUACUCCAAAUGGGAACAAACAAAAUAUUAAGUAACUAAGAAUGUUGUAUGUUUGCAACUGAAAUAAAGAUUUUAAAAAUA